AUGACAUUGUUAAAGAUAAAUCUAAAAAAAAUUUCAUCUACAGAAUAUUAUAACAGUUUACCACACUAUGGCGAAGAGUGUAUCGGGGGACCUCUGGAAAACAAAACGCUUAGUUUCGACACAUCGAACUAUGCUAAGAUGCAAACCAGCUUUGCCGAUACCACGGAAUUUACAGUUUGUUUCUGGAUGAAAACCGAAGAUGACAGUAACGUUGGCACUAUGGUUAGUUAUUUCGCUUCCGAUGAUGACACGUUUGAGGUUGAGAACCCAGGAAACAUUCGUACGGCUAUAAACGGCCAGGAUGGCAACUACACCGAGAUUGCAGCCAACUACGGUCUGUGGCACCAAGUGUGCGCCAUAUGGAAGUCCGAGGAUGGUGACUAUUCGGUGUACAAAGAUGGUAAUGAGCGGUAUGGUUUCAAUGGAUUGGCUGCUGAACAGACAUUGGCUGGUGAUGGUGUAUUGGUCCUUGGCCAAAAGCAAACACGGCGUGGUGGUGGAUUCACGACGAAUACUGCCUAUCAUGGCCAGCUCGCUGCUGUGAAUGUAUUUAGUAAAGCUUUAUCCCACGAACAGGUGGAGGCGCUUGCUAUGGACAGUCUUAACAGAGGUUGUGGUGAUGUAUUCUGGUGGUCAGCGCUGACUUUACAUAAUUUACAUAAUGUACCAACAUCAAAUUCGGAUAUAUUAAGAACUCUUGACGUCCAAAGGCGAUGCCAUGACGCAGAGUUCAAGGAUAAGUCGUGGGUCUUCUCAGACCCUACAAGUCAUGUCAGAUUGGACAAAACCAUUCCAGAUCUGACAGCGUUUACAAUGUGCUGGUGGAUGAAAGUCACUGACCCUGCUCACACAGACGCAACAAUCCUCAGUUACUUCACUGACGGGGACACUGAGGGAAGCAUCGUGGUGGAACGAAUCAAUUCCCUACAGAUGUUACUGUCAGCCGGGAAUGUCAUACAUGGGGGCGGUAGCCUUAUAAUUGGACAGAAACAGAGUACAGUCGGGGGUGGAUUUGUAGAACAGUCAUCGUUUGUCGGAGAGGUCACUGAUUUCAAUAUGUGGACAGAGAAGAAAAAGAGCAACGAAAUCCAAGAGUUAUUUGAUAAAUCUUGUAACACUAUUUGUGGCGAUUCUGUAUGGUGGCCAUAUUUCAAGUCAAGUCACUUGACAGACGUGACGACUUCACCAGCAGUUAUACCAGAGUCAUGUCCCGCCGUUGACCCAUGUGCCCCAGGGGUAUUCGACCAGUACCUAUGGAAGUUCAACAAUACAGGAGAUUUUAGUCUGGCCACCAUGCCCAAACAUAUACCAGAACUCACUGAAUUCUCCAUAUGCUACUGGAUGCGAUUAGAUGGCCAUUAUGCUAAUUAUUCCAACACGGCAGUCAGUUAUUUCGUUGAUGGUGACAGCGAAGGUAGCAUAGUUAUUGAAAACGUCAACAAUCUUGUUGUAACUGUCAACAACCAGAAAAGUGAAUUCACUGGUAUCGAUCUGAACAACCAGACCUCCCACUUUAUAUGCUUACUGUGGAAGUCAGAAGGUGGCGAGUUUUCGAUCUAUGAUAAGAAAACGGAAUUGUACACAGGUUACGGAUUGGCUACAGGAACGACAGUCAGAGAGGGUGGGUCGUUACUGAUUGGUCAAAAACAGACAGUACAAGAUGGCGGAUUUAGCAAAUUGGAUGCGUUUUAUGGAAGACUACGGUACUUCAACAUGUGGGACUACACGCUUUCGUACAGGCAGAUAAAGAAAGCCACAAGAGCAUGCGACCCUGACUGUGGCAACGUCAUUUCCUUGCAUGAACUAGAUUAUCCAGAUUUAAUUAACAUAAAAGCAGUGCCAUUUACAUGCGAACCUAAAGAACCUAGGCCAAUCGGGGAACAGACCACGAUUAUCCCAUCCACGCUGGCCGAUGUCACGACUGCUCAAACAACUCUUAAACGAGUAACUGUAAAACCAACAACUCAAGGCAUUCCAACAACGAUGAAAUCACUAACACGUGGAGUUCCUACAACUGCAAAAGGAGCGACAACCGAAAGGACAACGGCAGCAAUCCCAGAAACCACGACAAAACCACCGUGUCCAGAAACGGAAACUGAACUUCCGUGUCCAGAUGUAGAAAAUAGCGUCAGCGUCAUUGGUGAUGAGGUACGCAUUCCACAUGGAUUAACCAAUGUAGCAUUUGGUAAGUGUGCAGAACAGAGUUCCUCGCAAUGGCAUUCCAAAGCCAAAGACGCGGUAGAUGGUGAUACCGAUGCUGAAUUCUGUCAUCGCUCUUGCUCUUUGACUUCUAGGGAAUAUGAACCAUGGUGGAAAACUGACCUCGUCAAACCACGCACGGUUAAUUAUAUCACAUUGACAAACAGAGGAGACUGUUGCCAGUCACGUCUUAUAGGCGCAGAGGUGCGUAUUGGAAACAAGAAGAAUUUCCGUUUAAAUGCUUUGUGUAGUGUGGUCACUUCUGCUGUAGCAUCACAGAAAACCAUCAAAAUACAAUGCGAGAAUGGUCCAUUGACUGGCCGAUAUGUAAGUGUACAGUCACGCUGCAAGACAACUCAGUUGUCACUUUGUGAAGUUGAAGUGUGGUCGGAUGAUACCGACGGUGUCAUUGAUGCGACUGAGUCUCCAGGAACCAAGGUGACAGAUACGCCAGGAUCUGUUGUCACAGAUGCUGCAACGGAAUCUCCAACUGACAAAGAGUGUUUACUUCCAUUUGGAUUGAUAAACGUUGCCACGACUGCCGUAACUCAGAGCACAACUCAAGGAAAUUCCAUUUCUACCAGGGCAGUAGACGGAAAUAAAGAUAGUGAUUUCCGUGGGAGAUCGUGUACAAGGACUGAACUUGAAGAAGAGCCAUGGUGGAAAGUUGACCUCGGGGAAUCUCUUGAUGUAUAUGUGGUUACAAUCACCAAUAGAAUGGAUUGUUGUUCCGAUAAACUCCUGAACGCCGAAGUACGUGUCGGCGACAGUAGUAACAUCGACGACAACGCCCUCUGCGGUUUCCGUAUCGAUGAAGACGUCGUCGUGCAAGAGACGAUUGAAAUUGUAUGCGGAUGUGGUACUCCCCUCACCGGACGUUACGUCAGCGUCCAGCUCGCUGACAAGACACAACGACUAAGCCUCUGUGAAGUUGAAGUAUGGGCACCAGGUGGCCCAACGGAUCAGGAUAAACGUGAUACACCAGGACAGGCAGAGACACGAUUGCGGUUUCAGUUUCGUUGA